CGCCACCAUUUCGCGCGAGCGCGAGCCACCAACCCUACCCCACGCCACUCACCGUCCGGGCCGACCGAACAAAAGAUUUCCACCCAACGAGCGAACGGACGACCUACAUAACUAUCCCAUCCAUCCCAUCCCAUCCCUCCCCCCCCAAACCCCCCACGACGCACACGCACGAACCAACGAACCAACGAACGCACCGCGAACGCACGAACGCACGAACGAACCGCCACCACAUCCCUCGCAGAUAAACUUAGCCAGCAAAUAUGUCUGGACGUCAAGGUGGAAAGGCCAAGCCCCUCAAGGCUCCCAAGAAGGACAAGAAGGAGCUCGACGACGAGGACAAGGAGUUUAAGGAGAAGCAGAAGAAGGAGGCUGCUGAGCGCAAGGCUCUCGCUGAACAGGCUACCAAGAAGGGUCCUCUCGGCGGUGGCGGAAUCAAGAAGUCGGGCAAGAAAUAGGCCAGCUAAUCCUCGGGCGCGAGCCGAAUGCUUUGAGCGAGCGAGCGGCGGCGGGUCGAAUUAGAAUUUUUUCGCGCAUGGGAUGAAAAAGGUCCAUACAUACACUCAACCCUUUUUGCUGCUGCAUGUUCUUGUUAGAGAGGAGAGAGAGAAGUGGAGAUCAAGGUGCGAAACUGGCGAAUACCAAACAAGCGAUUACCUCUCCUUCGUUGCGAGCGGGGUGUUAUCUUUUUGCUUUACCGACGUUUUUCUUUUCUUUUCUUUUUUCUUUUCGAACUGCUGUGUGUGUGUGUUGUGCAUACUACACUACACACUCUACUGCGAGGGGGAAAUAACAGAGAGAGGGGCUGGACUUAAUCAAAACCGUUUCUGUGGCU